GAGUUUGGAGGUGUUUAGCAAGAAACAAAUCUCACCCGCACAGACCAUCCCCUCCCAACUUUCCCCACCUCCUGUUGCUAGGGUUCGGGAAUGGCGAGGAUACCGACGCUCGUCGCGUUUGCCGUCCGCCGCGCGGCCACCGCCACCACCGCCGCGGGGAAGGCCAUCUGGGACGCCAAGGGGGUUCUCAUCGUGGGGGGCGCCGCGGUCGCCGCCUGGGUCUACCGUGCCGAUCUUGGUCGCCUCGCCGACCAUCUGUUUUCACAGGGCCGCACCCACACUCCAGAGGAUAGGGAUCAGAGGGUGAGGGCAAAGCGAGCGGCCAACAAAGGGGCCCGGAAGGUGGUGCGGGACGCGCACGGACUAUACUCAAAGAACCACGGCCGGGCGGGCGGACACUGAAUCCAGACUACAAGAGUGGGGGAGACAUAAUGGAUAAAGGGCGUAAAUCAAAUGGUGAUAAAAAGGCGUUGUACAAAUGGUGAAAAGUUUUAGGUGAAGACACUAGUGGUUUAAUCAAUUUCCUGUUAUAUUGCUCAAUCUGUGACUUGUGCGGUCAUCUAUUUCUGUUGAAUCCAUGACUUGUGCCGUCGUCAUCUGAAAUUUUGAAAUAAUGAUUGAGUGAUGCCAACUUCAAA